AUGUCGAUCGAGUCACUUUCUCAACGUUCCGUUUUGGGACUAGAGGACCAGCACAUCUUCAUUACAGGGGCCGCGAGUGCCACUGGGGGCGAGGCAGUUCGAGAAUUUCUAGAUCACGGAAGUCGUGUUACAGCUUUUGAUAACAAGCCUUUGCAACUUUCUGGGAUUGAUGCAGAGCGGUUCUCUCGACUCCAUAUCCUAAAUGGCGACGUCACAACUGAAGAGUCGAUAAAAACUGGAUUUACUCAAGCCCAAGAAAGAUUUGGACCAGCCAAUAUCCUAGUAAUCAUUUCCACCCAAGGAGAUGUCACACGUCAGCGGCCAAUUUGGGAGCUCUCACUUGAUGACUGGAACCAGACCUACCAGGCAAACGUUUGCGGCUCUUUUCUAGCAAUCAAGCAUUUUUUGCGCCAAGUGCAAAAGUACCAACAGCACUCCGGGAGCGAGCUUGCAAGUCCUUCUAUUGUUGUGACAGAAACUGAAACCAGCAAUGGAUUGGCCGCUGGAAAAGCUGGUCUUCAUUAUGGUCUCCUCAACACCGUACGAAACGAAAUAUUGGAGCUGAAUAGCGAGGGACGAAUCAACGCUGUCGCAUCUGGUAUCGAUGAGACUGCCAAGGACAAUGGUGUCACCCCGACUGAUGUAGCUCGAACCAUGGCCUUCUUGGCCUCGAGUCGUGCUGCCGGACAUAUCACUGGGCAAUGCAUCCAGGUCCAAGGCAAGGAAUCACCCAAAAGCGCAGAGGUCGUCAAGAAUACUGCAGUUGUUCAGCCCGCGCAAUCGAUUCCUCGAACACUUGCAAAACCCAGGCGCAACAAAAUUCGAGUCGCAGUUUCAAUCGACCUUGACGCGGUUUCCGGGUGGCUGGGCACAAAUUCUCAUCCCGAUAAUGUCCUAGCCGACUAUUCCGCCGGCUUCUUCGCUGCACGAGUUGGUGUCCCUCGGUUACUGCGCAUGCUUAAAAAGCUAGACAUCGCCAACCGCUGCACAUGGUUUAUCCCUGGACACUCAGCAGAGAGCUUCCCCGAUGAAGUUAAACAAGUGGUAGAAUCAGGCUGCGAGGUCGGGUUACAUGGCUACGCCCACGAAGGCGCAUACCAACUCACACCAGAGCAAGAGCGUGACGUACUUGUGCGAUGCAUGGAGAUAGCCCAGAACCUAACUGGGAAAAAGCCGGUCGGUUACCGUGCACCCUUAUAUCAGCUUCGUGAAUCGACACUUGAUUUGCUAGAAGAGCAUGGAUUUGAGUAUGAUGCCUCCUUAACCGAUCACGACUGUCAUCCUUUCUUCGCACCGAGACGUCCCCCUCUUCAGCCUAUCGACUUUUCCAAACCGGCUUCUACUUGGAUGCAUCCCGUUAAAGAAUCGCCGUCACUGCCUGACAGAAGACCUCUUGUAUGCGUGCCAUGUAACUAUUACAUGGAAGAUAUGACACCCAUGCAGUUCCUUCCGCAUUGUGAGAAUUCCCAUGGUUACGUUGAUGUGCGUGUGAUUGAGAAUCUCUGGCGCGAUCGAUUCUUGUGGAUUCGCGAUAACGAAGAGGAGCCCAUCUUCCCUAUUCUUAUGCAUCCCGAUACGAGUGGAAUGGCUCAUGUUAUUGGGAUGUUGGAGCGUAUGCUUGGAUGGUUGAAGGAAUGGGAGCGUGAAGGUGAGGUGGAAUUUUUGCAAACUGGUGAGAUUUCUCGGUGGUGGAAAGAGAAAAUGUUGAAUGAUAAAGCGAAAUAA